AUGUCCGAUACCGUUCUCUACGAGAAUGCUUUGUAUACCAAGGCGAGGCGCGGACUGCUUUGCAAGGCCUUCGUGGUACGGAUGGUGACGAACCCGCUCAUCAUACACUUUGCCAAAAAUGCCGGUUUCGAGCUCGUAUGGGUCGAGAUGGAGCACUCGACCUAUUCCACCUCCGAGGCCUGCGUGCUCACGAGCGCCGCCAUGAUGGCUGGCAUCACACCCAUCGUCCGUGUGCCGUACGAGUGCGGCAUGGGCUACGUGCAGCGGGUGCUCGACUCGGGAGCCAUGGGUGUGGUGUUCCCGCACAUCGUCACGGCCGCCGACGCCGAAGCUGCCGUCCAAAUGUGCAAGUUCCCGCCCCGGGGGCGCCGCUCGCUGUGGCUACAGCAGGCCGCCGCCGGUCUACGCACUUCGAUGCCGAUGCAGACUAUGGCCGACGACGUUAAUGCGACGGCAUCGGCCGUCGGUGUGAUGAUCGAAGCCGUCGACAGCAUCCCCAACGUCGACGCCAUCGCCGCCGUCGACGGCGUCGACAUGCUCGUUGUCGGCUGCAUGGACCUAUCGGCCGACAUGGGCGCGCCCGGUAUGACCAACAGACCAGAAUUCCGCGCCGCCCUCGAGGCCGUCAGCGCGGCAUGCCGGCGCCAUAACAAGAUCUUUGGCUUGGCCGGCAGCUACAAGGACCUUAACUUUCUGGACUGGGUUAUCAACACCCUGGGGGUACGUAUGGUCUUGGGUUAUGUUGAUUCGAAUCUCCUCUCGGCUGGCGCCGGGGAGAGUAUCAAGGUGUUAUCCAGCAUCGAUCGCACUGCGCUUUCCGUGCCUGACUUGGGGAGCAAACAUGAUUCGAUUCGGGUUUCGGUCGCACCUUUGUAA